GUCGUCGACAUGCAGGGAAGUUCAGUUAUAAGCUUGUAUGAAACUUGUAUGGUGACUGGAGCUUGUCAGACAUGUAUGGGCCAUACUCUACUCUAGUCCUUGUUUAUAAUCCAAUUGUUGUUGAUGAGCCCCAUUGUGGAUGACGGAACUAAUUGAUCUAGAAGCAGAGCGGGAUGGAGGCAAUCAGAAUCGAAAAGGUAAAGCGGAAAUUCACGCAACGAAGAGACUGCAAAUUACAAAAUCACUACUACACUGGUAAAGCUGUGACGAAGCCGCUUCCAUGUUUAUUCCUUUUUCGUCCAUCCUUUAUCUGCGCACAAACAUAGAACUGACAUUUUGCCGAGUUAUUAUGCCGUCCUCUAUCCGUCUGCCUAACGAGAUUAAACCCUGUGUCCUCCUGUGCUUGUGACAAGGGCUAUCGCACAUUCCGUCAUGUAUUGAGCUCGCCGUAACUCGGACGUCGAAACAGUUGGCUCUGGUGCUUCGUUUGAAGUCGACCACUCCAGUUCGUCUGAAUUGUGAAGGUUGGAAAUUGAAUUUUCCAGCUGUGGUCCGUUCCAGCUCGAUCCCAUUUAGCAUCAACCACUCAUCGCGAAUGACCUGACUUGCGAUUGAAUCAACUUGAAUCGUUCCGAGGAGAAAGGAAAGACAAAAAGAAAUCAUCAUGUCUUAUUACGGAAAAAGCCUCUAUUUGGAUUUUGAUACCCUACCCAGAGCUAACCAUCGUUUCUCUCUUGGACGUGUGCUAGCCAAGGGUACUUCGGCCAGCAUCUAUCAUGGCGUCGACCAUGAAGCCGGCGAUCGAUUGGUGGCCAUCAAAGUGUUGAAAAACUUAAUCGAUAAUGUCGAAUACAUUGAGGAAGAGUAUAGAAUCUUCAAGAACUUGAGCCGACAUGACAACUUCCCCACUUUUUACGGUGGUUUUCUCAAUAAAUUCGACAAAGCCGAUAAGGAUGAACUUUGGCUAGUCAUGGAGCAAUGUGAAGGAAGUUCCUUGGGCGAUUUACUCUACAACAUGAAGCAGAAUGACCGUAAGUUAACCGAGCAAUUGAUCGGCUACAUCGUCCGCGAACUGAUCAACGCACUCAGCUACCUUCACAUGAAUCACAUCAUUCACCGAGAUGUCAAGGCCUCCAACGUUCUCUUGACACUAGACGGACAGAUCAAGUUGAGCGACUUCGGAUUCUCCAGACAUCUGAAGCAUACGAUGAGCCGACGGUCCACUUCCAUCGGUUCGCCGCACUGGAUGGCACCGGAAGUGAUCCAGAGCACUCCGUGCAACACCGAGGCGCUGGACAUGAUGGACGAUGAGGAAGCGAAGAAAGGCUAUGAUCACCAUUGCGACGUUUGGUCUCUAGGUAUUACCUGUAUUGAAAUGGCCGAUGGAGUGCCACCUCUGUGGGAUCUGCAUCCCGUACGAGCGCUGUUUCAAAUCGUGAAUAAUCCGCCACCUGAGGUGAAGGUGCCUUCGGAAUGGUCGACAAACUUCAGGGACUUCAUUUCAGAAUGUCUUAUAAAAAAUCCGGAACAUCGACCGGUCAUCAUGGAAUUAGCCGAACACCCCUUCAUCCAAGAGUUACCAGAAGACACUGGAAUGUUGCAAAAUCAACUAAAAGUUUUGAUUUCAAAGUAUGCUACUUCUGUCGAUUUGGAUAGGCCACACGAAGUCAUCAUUAGGGAUGGCAGACUAAAGACCGAACCAGAUGGAUCAUUUAAAAAGAUGUAUCCGGACGAUUUAGCCUCCCUUGAGGUUGUGGAUGAAGAGAAGGUUUUGCUCACUCUCGGCAAUCGCUAUAGUCGAGGUCAGUUUCAAACAUACGCUGGGACUGCUCUUCUUAUAGUCACUCCGCAAUCGGAUCAGUCUCUAAUAUAUGAAAAAGAGUAUCACGAGCGCUACAUGUUCAAGGCUCGUUCCGACGAGGAACCCCAUGUUUUUGCAGUGGUAGAUCGAGCGUGGCAAGACAUGCUUCACCACCAAGAGCAUCAAAAUAUUAUUCUAUCUGGAGAUCGCAAUUCGGGAAAAUCGUUCAAUUUUACGCAAAUCGUUCGCCAUCUGUGCUAUAUGGCAAAGGGUAACCAAAUGGUAGCCGACCGAAUUGAACAGCUGCCUUUGAUCCUUGAUUGUUUCGGAAACGCGGCGACGGAAGGCAACGCCAACAGCUCCCGACAUCUCCGCUAUUUGGAGAUGAAAUUUACCGAUAGUGGCAAACUGAGUGGUGCCAUCAUCAAUGUCUAUAUGCUUGAGAAGUGGCGUCUCAGUGAAACGCUCUCAAAGUCGAAUCGCAAUUACCACAUCUUUUACUACGUCUAUUACGGACUGAAAUUUGACGGCCUUGCCGAAAAAUAUUUUCUUGAUGGCCAAACCAACUUACGUUUCCUACCCAUUGGUGACACAGACGCUGAAAUUAGUUACUACCUAAGUGGCUACAAAAAACUAAAGAAAUAUUUGCGCUUCUGGGAUAUGGAGGGAGACGAACAAUCUUUUAUCUUCCAUACCGUUGUCGCCGUACUUCUCAUUGGCCAGAUUCAAUUCGGCGAUCGCAACUUGGAAUCGUACAUCACAAAUCCCGACAUCUUAAAUAAAGUUUCGACAUUGCUUAACGUCGAUUCAGCGAAACUCGGAUGGGCUUUGUGUAACAGCUCGAGGUUCUCCAACGGAAAUUUGGAAGUGGAACCUAACACCUGCAAUGAAUCCGCCGAAGCUCGCGAUGCUCUUGCCAGAGGUCUAUACGCUCGUCUAUUCGACUGGCUAGUCAACACCCUUAAUCUCAACAUGUGCCUUGGCAGAAAAGCAUUCGGAGAGAAACAUUCGAUGGGUAUUCUAGAUCCACCAGGUUUUGACAGUGGACUACGCAGAAAUUCGUUCGAGCAGCUCAUCUCCAACAUCACUAAUGAACAGCUGUCUUACCACUACAAUCAAAGUCUUUUCUCGUGGGAAAUGCAAGACUACAAGGAUGAAGAAAUACGCAUGGGGAAAUUUGCCUUUAGAGACAACAGAAAUGUUUUGAACGCCAUGCUCUCAAAACCAGACGGAUUGUUGUCGGUUGUUGACGAACAGUCUCGUGCACCCGAUGCAUCCGAUGAAUCUAUCCUAGGUCACUUUGAGAGAGUUAUUUCACCGUCAAGCCUUCAAGUUGAAAAUGAUGGCUCGUUCGUCGUUCAUCAUUCUGGGGGAGAUGUGCGCUAUCGCAUGGAAGAUUACCCUAAUCGCAAUCGCGAUUUCCUUUCUGCUGAAUUAAUAAACGUCAUGCGAAAGUCGACUGAUUCGCGAUUGGUCAACAUCUUUCUUAAUAAAAUGACCAAGACGGGAAACGUUACCAGUGACCCCACUCCGGCAGAGAGAGCAAGACGAAAGGCAAAUCUCGGCGUACCGGAAACGAACAACAAAGGAUUCAACACCUUGUCGCAAGGGCAAUACUCCCAAACUCGACAGAUGCAGACGAUGGCCAUGAAAACUCGGCAAUCUCUGAUCCAACUCCUCAAGAAUCUGGUUCACGGCACGCCACAUUUUAUCCGCUGCUUGCGAAGAAGUAAAUCUGGAGCAGCCAAUGUCGUCUUGGACAAAUCUUAUCUUGCGGAACAAAUCCGUUCCUGCAAUCUGGUCGAAACUAUCAAAAUUCGCCAGAAUGGAUACGCUCAUCGGAUUCCCUUUAUGGAGUUUCUGCGCCGAUACCAGUUCUUGGCUUUCGAUUACGAAGAGACGGUAGACAUGACACCCGAUAACUGUCGCUUGCUCCUCCUACGCCUCAAGAUGCCGCAAGAAGGUUGGAUGAUAGGAAAGACUAAAAUCUUCCUCAAAUAUCACGUUGAAGAAUUUCUCGCCAGGAUGUAUGAGUCGCAAGUAAGGAAGAUCAUCAAAGUUCAAGCCAUUAUGAGAGCAGUGAUGGUGAAACUGAAAAAGAAACGCGGAGGAGAUGUUCAGCGUCGCCGGCCAACUCGAAUGGCGAGCGACAUGACCAAGGAUGAAGCAGCCCUAGCUAUUCAAAAAAGCUAUCGAGGUUACUCGGUCCGUAAAGAAUACGGAUGCGCGCCGGGCAAACCUAAGCGUUUCGAAUGUGUCACCAUUCAAGAGGAAGCGGCCAACACCAUACAAUACUUUUGGCGGAAGUGGAAGGGCAAAACCAUCUACCAGCAGCUGCUCCUCUAUCGUGCAGCCAAGCAGCAGGAGCUCACUUAUUUUUGCCAACAGGUGCACAUUUACGACCAAGAGUACUGUGGCAGUGUCCGCAAGACAGAAGCUUCCGUGGAUAAAUCUAAAAUCAGCAUUCAGCCACGUCAAGCUAACCGAUCGAUUCCGAAACCUGUCGGUCCCAAAAGACUUCCGUUGAUUCUGAAAAAUCGACAUUUCCUCGACACGACAUUUAUGUGCAUUAAAGCUUUCAACAAAAGCGAUCUAGUUGUGAAACCGAGACCAACGAGUUUGGCCGUUCAGAAUACUACUGCUGUGAAUAGAAACAGUCGUACACCGAGUCCAGCUUCGCAGUCACCCAGCCGAUAUGGCCGAUACGAUGAUAAUAAAUCACCAGGAUCUCGGAACCGUACUCCAUCUCCUAAAUCCCCCAACACCCUUUCUCCUAUUAAAUCCCCUGCAAGCAAGUCUCCUACCCCCAGCAAUGGUGUAAACAAAGUUAACGUAAAAGUAGGCGAAUGGAAUGGACGAUCACCUGAACCUGGGAGAUCACCAGAACCUCCAAAGUAUGGGUUAUCAAAGCCGGUAGGCCCCAAAAUUAAUGUGCAGCCACCGUACAUGAGCUAUUCAAUGGCAAAACCAUCUGAUCAAGUCAAGAUUGCCAAAGAAAUUGAGAAAAAAGCUGUUGAAUUGGGAAAAACAUCUACUGAUGAUUCUGCCCCAUUCAAUUUCCAAGGAAUGCUUAAGAAAACUGACUACAGUCGUGGUUCAAUGAAGAGGAAUAAAGGAGAAAAAAAAGAAAGCGAUAGUCCCUUUGGUGAAAGGAUUCCUCUGAAAAGUCCAUCAGUGGUAUAUCAGUCAAAACCAGGAGGCAAUACAUCACCGAGUAGUGUCAGGAUCAAAUGUCAAGCUCCUUCACCAACUCUGAAACAUGAGAUUGCACCCGGACUGACUAUUGAAGGAGAAGAAGCAGAUCUUUAAAUAUUCAAAGAAACUCCACACAUGGGAGGCUCGAGUUGGCGGCUGGCGAACCGAGAAGAGAAAGAAAAAAAAAUUAUGGACGAAGGAAUUUUUCGAGGAAACAACAACCGAAAAAAGAA